AUGAUGCGCAUACAAACAGAAAAUGAGCAUGUUUAUGCCUCUAUUUCGCCUGUAAAUAGCGAAUCUUCAUCAAUACUUAACCGUAGACACGAUUAUUCUAAUGCCACACAUACUCUUUAUAAUACUAUUUUUUCUAAUACUACAGAAAUAAAUCACGAUGCUACUCAAGUUUGGUCAGUCACUACAGCAAAAUCUGAAUUAAGCACUACAAUUGAGCCUAAAAUAAAUGUGCCAUCUGCUUCUACUGAUUCUAUGGAAUAUUCGACACGUGCUGUAAUGCCAUCUUUCAUUAUCAGUGCAAUUUCUGUACUUUUUGACUGGCGUGUUAUGACUAUUAUAAUUGCCAGCCUGUGGAUUGCACUUUGUUUUAGUGUAUAUAUUCUUUUUCGACUAAGAAAACAGGUUCAACAAGAAAUAUAUAUGGUGGAAAAAAAUGACUCUGAAGAUACACUUAAUAUUUAUAAAACUUUUUGGAGAAAUCAUCGAGAAUCACGGCUUUCUAAUCAACAUGCUGGAAACCAACAUUUUUUCAAUCCAUGA